AUGAGGCUGAAUGAGAGCCGGACAAGAUCGUUCCAGGCCCCUGUCACCAUCCAUAGCUACCCCGGCAGGCAGGUGUAUGUGUUUCCCAAUGGCCGAUCUGAUUCCGAAGAGUCGUCCGAGGAGGAGCUCAACGUUACGGAGCUGCGGCCCAGGGGCAAGGAGCAGCAGCGAUGCAGCCUGCGGGACAGAGUCGGAGAUGUGGUGCUUCUGGAACGGGAGAUUACAGAGGAUGAUAAUCUCAACAAGCUAGCCCUGCAGUAUGGUUGUAAAGUUGCGGAUAUCAAACGCGUCAACAACUUCAUCCGGGAGCAGGACUUGUACGCGCUGAAGUCCAUCAGGAUCCCCGUGAAGACCCACGGGCUGUUAACGGAGGGCGGCAGAGACCUGCGGCCGCUCCCGGCUGCGCCCGCGCAGACCGGCCUGGCGCGCAUGGCCUUCCCGGAGCCUGAGGCCGCUGCGAGCAGCUCCGCCGGCGGCGGACACCUGAGCGACUACUUCAAGGGGAUUGACAAGAGCAUCCAGGACGCGGUGCAGGCCGAGGCCCAGCUGAACGUCGAGUACUGCGGGGAGGCACUGGAGAGGCCGCUGCCCCAGUCAGGGAAGCAGGAGACCAGUAAUGGUGCGGACUGUGGAAUCCAGUGGUGGAACGCCGUUUUUAUUAUGCUCCUGAUAGGAAUUGUCCUGCCAGUAUUUUAUAUCAUCUAUUUUAAAACACAAGGCCUGGUGGCCCGUACCUCUGACAACACAACACUAACCUCAAAUAUUUCAGCAGAUGGAUUGGAAGGGAAAUUACCACAAAGCUCAGCCAUGGGAAAAAACCCUGAGGGGGGGAGGGAGGCAAAUACAGCCUCUCCUCCCAGCACUGGACCCUUACACCGGUGA